GGUAAGAGUGUGUUUAAAAAGAGUGGGAGAAGAAGACUCGACGGCAUCGUCAAACCCUGCUUCAUUCCACUCUUUCUAGGGUUUUAGUUCUCUUUUCCUCUUCAACCUUCUUCUCAAUGUCCAACAACAACGAAAACAUCACCAUGACCGAUCUCACUUCUGCCCUCAACGAAGACAAUCGCGCCGAUCUAGUCAGUGCUCUCAAGAGUAAGAUACAGAGUCUGGCUGGACAGCAUUCGGAUGUUCUGGAGACUUUAUCGCCUAACGUCAGGAAGCGUGUUGAAUCUCUUAGAGAGAUUCAGGGUAAACAUGACGAACUAGAGGCAGAAUUCUUCAAGGAGAGAGAAGCUCUUGAAGCUAAGUACCAAAAGUUGUAUCAGCCGUUAUACACAAAGCGCUAUGAAAUAGUAAAUGGUGUUACUGAAGUGGAAGGACAAGCAGUUGAAACAACAGAUGGAUCAGAAGAGGAUAAUGAGAAAGGAGUACCUUCUUUUUGGCUCAAUGCAAUGAAAAAUAAUGAUGUGUUGGCUGAAGAGAUUUCAGAGCGUGAUGAAGGUGCUCUCAAGUUUCUAAAAGACAUUAAGUGGGGCCGGAUAGAUAACCCUAAAGGAUUCAAGCUUGAUUUCUUUUUUGAUACCAAUCCGUACUUUUCAAACUCUGUCUUGACUAAAACAUAUCAUAUGAUUGAUGAGGAUGAGCCUAUAUUGGAGAAAGCAAUUGGGACGGAAAUUGAAUGGUACCCGGGAAAAUGCUUGACUCAGAAGGUGUUGAAGAAAAAGCCCAAGAAGGGUUCAAAGAAUGCUAAACCAAUUACCAAAACUGAAAACUGUGAAAGCUUCUUCAAUUUUUUCAAACCACCAGAAGUUCCUGAAGAUGAUGAUGACAUUGAUGAAGAUUUGGCCGAGGAACUUCAGAACCAAAUGGAACAAGAUUAUGACAUUGGGUCAACUAUAAGGGACAAAAUUAUCCCUCAUGCAGUAUCUUGGUUUACUGGGGAGGCUGUUCAGGGAGAUGAGUUUGAAGACCUGGAGGAUGAUGAGGACGAAGAUGAUGAUGAGGAGGAUGAAGAUGAGGAUGAGGAUGAAGAUGAUGAUGAUGACGAGGAAGAGGAGGAAGACAGUAAGACUAAAAAGAAGAAGAGUGGAAGGGCACAGAUUGGUGAUGGUCAGCAGGGUGAGCGACCUCCAGAGUGCAAGCAGCAGUAAUUUAGUUCUUUGAUGUUUGUUAUGCAGCUGAUGGGUAUUUUUGAGGUCCUAUGGUGCUUGAUGGGUUUCAGUUUCGUGCAGUUUUGGGUGGUCCUUGAUUCAUUUUCCUCCCUAGAUUCUAUAGUCUGAAUUUAUUUUAGUCCCUUCUUUUUUUCCAUUCAUUCGGAGAGAAUGUGGUUAUUAUAUAUAGUCAGGUAUACUAUGAUUUGUUAUUUUGGAAUUUAUGUCAUUUCAGAUACUGAAUUAUUUUA